GGAUGGAGCCCGCGGAGCCCGCGCGGCGCGGGCAGUGAGUGGCGCGGCGGCCGGACCUCGGCGCACCAAGUGCCAUGGAGGAGGAGGGCGUAAAAGAGGGUAGCGAGAAGCCUCAGGGAGCGCGAAGAGCGGACAAGUCUGGCUGGCUCAAGAAGAGCAGCGGCGGCCUCCUAGGCCACUGGAAAGAUCGAUACCUGCUCCUCCACCAUGCACAGUUGCUGGUCUAUGAGAAUGAGGACGAGCAGAAGUGCGUGGAGACGGUGGAACUGGGCAGCUAUGAGAAGUGCCAGGACCUCCGCGCCCUCCUCAAGCGGAAGCACCGCUUCAUCCUGCUGCGCUCCCCAGGGAACAAGGUCAAUGACAUCAAAUUCCAGGCACCCAGCGGGGAGGAGAAGGAGUCCUGGAUCAAAGCCCUCAAUGAAGGGAUCAACCGAGGCAAGAACAAGGCCUUUGAUGAGGUGAAGGUGGACAAGACCUGCGCCCUGGAGCACAUAACUCGGGACCGGGUGCGCGGGGGCCAGCGGCGGCGCCCACCUACCAGGAUCCACCUGAAGGAGGUCGCCAGCGCAGCUUCCGACGGGCUUUUACGCCUGGACCUCGAUGUGCCGGACAGUGGCCCACCGGUGUUCGCACCCAGCAACGCCGACAGCGUGGCCCAGCCCCAGCCCCAGCCCCGGGAGGCACUCUUGCCGCCUACCAAGCCUUCCCCGGCGCCUGAGACCACCGGCCUUAGUGACAGCGUGGCACCCCCUGCAGGGGAGAGGGCCCCAACUCCCAUCUCAGCAAGCGCCGAGGCCCAGCCCGAGAGCCCCUCAGACUCUGAGAAGCCAACGGAGGACAGUGCAUCCACGGAGCCCCCCAACAGAACCUUGCUUGACAAAAUGGUGAGCUGGGAGAGCCCCAGCCCUGAAGAUCCCCCCUCUGCUCCCCAGAGCGUGGAACUGAGCCCUGGGCCCUGUUUGAAGACUUCAGAGGCCCCCCGCCGGGAGGGUCGGAGGCCCCCCACGCCCCCACCCAAGAUCUUAUCAGAGAAAAUGAAGGCCUGCUUGAGCAGGGCGGAGGCUUCUGGGCCGGCCCACAGUCUGGGGACCCCUGAGCCCUCAGCCCCCAGCCCUACGCAGGUCUCGGUGAAUGGUGUGGAUGAUAGGCCUGAGCCUGCCAAGCGCUGCCCGGAUGCGGGCACCGCAGGAACCGCCCCAGAGGAGGCGGCAGUGUCCCCCGCUCAGCCCCCCCAGGACCUGUCCCCUCAGCUCCACUCCCGCUGCUCCUCCCUGGGGGACCUGCUCAGAGAUGGCCCACAGCGUCCUCAGCUGCCCGGGGAUCGGCUGUACCGAGCCCAGCUGGAGGUGCAGGUGGCCUCCGAGCAGACAGAGAGGCUGCUGGGCGAGGUGCUGGGCAACCAGCCGCCCCCUGCGAACACCGAGACCUUGCUGAGCCAGGCUGUGGAACAGCUGAGGCAGGCCACGCAGGUUCUGCAGGAAAUGAGGGAUUCGGACUCCAGAGAGCCUGGCCAGGAGGCCCCCGGCCUCAGGAAGAAGCAGAAGGAGCUGGUGACGCUGUACCGGAGAAGCAUGCCCUAGGCGGCGAGGCCCGGCGCUGCCGAGCAGCGAGCAGCGCACUCCACAGCCGCGGCUCUAGCAGGGUGUUGUGUGUGUCAGGGUUUGGCCAGGACCAGAACAGACCCGCGGUGUCCCUGCCAGCCUGCCCUGCUCCGUGCCAGGUACACCCAGGGUCACUGUGUGGCGCUCUGCUCUGGCCUCACCUGGGGCUCUGGGCCGCUCAGAGCACACGCUCAGCCCGUGUGCGUCCUCGGAGUUGAUCCGCACCACCCCAGGGCUCUGGCACCGUUUGGGGGCGCCCUGCGUACGGCACUGUCUCUGCUCCCCGCUCCAAGUAGUUUACGUUCCUGGCUUCGGACGAGAGCACAGCUGAGCCCGUGCACCCCGGCUGACCCCUCCCACCUCCUCCUGCAGCUGCGGCCCGCUGCGCCUCUCGAGCAGGUGGGAAGCCUCUGGGUGAGGAAGCCGCCGGCUGCUGCGCGCCCCUGCUGCAGCCUGCUUCCUUUCCUGAGGUCCCACCAUCUUGGGGCUGUGAUUGCAGGCCUGGGUCUGGGGGAUCUGGGGAGAAGAGGAACCCAGGGGUCUCCUGGACCAGGCUGUGUCCAGCCUUGCAAACUCCCGAGGAAGUCACACCGAGUGGCCCAGUGUUACCACGCGCACAGCUGUGUGUGAGAAUCCCCAGUUCAGGCUUCAGGACGCCCUGCCCCGUGCUUGCCUGGUGAGAUCCAGCUGGAUGGAUCUCUUGGUUCCUCCUUGGCCCGGACAGCUCUAGUGUCCCUGUCAUUUCCUCACCGCUGCCCCGAGGCCACCCCAGGCCCAGGCCCCUGGUGGGCUGCCUGUCCUUACUUCCCGUGAAGAGGAGCCUCCCUGUUCCUGCUUCCUUCUCAGCACCCGCUGCCCCGUCCAGGGCCCUGGGAGCACGCGGGGCCGGGUAGAGCCUGCCGGGGGACGGGUGUGGGGUGUGUGUCGGGAGGACCGAGGUCUGUGCCCGUGCACUUUUGUUUACCAGAGGAGGGGUCACCGCAGCGUGGCCUGGCCUUUCUGCCACCAGUGGUGCCCACAGCCCUGCCAGCGCAGGCCACCCUUACUGCACUGUCACCUUGUCCGGGGUCCUGGGUGGGGCAGAGGGGAGCCACACUGCCAUGGCUCGCCAGCCCCGGUGCCCCCCGCUGCUCUGGCUGCAGUCUCCCGCCCCGUCUGUCCUCUAUGAGAGCAGGGGUGUUGUUAGGUGCCAACGGUCGCGCACCCAUACCGUCUUCUUUUAGGGAGAAUCUCCCUCCACCAGCAGCCGAGUCACCUGCACCCGGCAGUUGCAGGCUCGGUGUCCCCUGUCCGGUGGUGGCUGGUGGGGAUGGGAGGGGUGUGUGGGGCUCCUAUGCCUCCUUGGGGAGGAGGCGUUCAGUGUCUUUUGCUUAUGAAAAGCCUUUCUUGAAGUUUGGCAAUAAACUCCUUUUUAAAGAA